GUGUGUACGUAGGAAGAGUUGUCACAUCGAAUCGGCAAACAUGAGGUGCAGUUCGUGUAUCGGUAGCGGCCGUCGUAGUCAAUCUAGCGACGACCAUGAAUCUACAUCGGCGCUGCGGCAAAGUAAAACAGCUGAUUUGGAACUAGACCAGCGCGGGAUGGAUCAACCGCCGUGUACUGCGUAUCGAGUGGAAUCGCCCACAGCAAAACAAGAGGAUACAAAUUCGUCCACGUCCAGCGAUGGGGAGCAUUACCGCCCACCAUCGAUAACGAUCGAAGAGCUCGAUGACGAUGAAAACGACGCAGAAACCCACCGCACAGCGACCUCGCCGACGAUAAGAAACUACGAAGUGCAACCUUCACGUGGUGUACCACUGGAAAUUAUACGCGAAGAGGAACUCACCGACUGUAGUGACGAUGGUGAAAAUUCAAACAUUCGGCCAUCGUUCGAUAGCGCCACAGUUACACCAUCGUCCCAGAAGGAAUGCAAAUCGAAGAAAGUGAAUAACACAAGUGGAGACGAAAAAAACAGUGCCGAGUGCGUUACAUCCAAAUUCAGUUCUGUGAAUGUAUUGCGCGAUUUUCUACGCUACCGAAGGCAGAGAAAACGACGUCGUGGAACGCCAGCGAUUCAAAAUGCAGCACCACAGUUCCAACCAAACGAACAGCAGGUUCCAACAACGUGCAUGCUGGUGGACACCAGGGAGAGUAAUAUCGCACCGACGGAGUUCCGAAGUAUCUGUACCACACAAAUAGUCAGCAGUGAAGUACUGCAGGUCGAAGUUGUCAACAUUGGAUCCAACUCGAGCAGUCUCGAUGACCUUAGCGAUUUGGAACCGGACGCUCAGCGGCAGACGGACGGUGAGAUUGAUCAUCCAGAGGAUCCAAUUUCAAUCAACUAUAUUGAAGACGACAGCAUUAAGAACAAUGCAAUAUCAACUCAACUUCAUCCUGAUGGGAACGAGUCAAAUCAGCAACAGUGUGUCAUUAUUGGUGAUCUUGCUCUUUCUCUCAGCAUCGAAGACCUGCACCAAACAACCGAAGAUGAAAAGCAACCACCAGCUACCGACGACACUAUGCAAAACCAUGUCCCCACCGGUGGCGAAUGUUUGGGGGAAAAUAUUCCUAAACCCAAUGAAGAUCGUGCGGCGCUUGCGCAACAGGACAAUUCAAAACGAAACCAAACAUCGGACUCUGGGACUGUUGACGACGAUAUUGCGAAUGGGUGUGCGUUAGCUGCUGAUGGUAACGUUCGUACAGGCCACCAAGAUGAUGUGUUGGAUGCUGCUGAGAAAACGAGCGAGCAGUGGAACACUUUCGAGAGCAGUGGCGAACCAGAUUCAUUAGUAGAGUGGUCUACCGUCGAACGUAACAGCCGUUCGGUUCUAGUUGCCGAUCGUGACCGCACAUCGGCUGUCGUCAGUAAUGAUGAAAAUGUCAUCAAGCAUUUGAAGGACCCGCCGUUCUCGGUGAUCGAUCGUGAUUGUGUAGCAAAGUUCGGCAUCGAUUGCACUGUGAAUCAUUGUGUUCGGGUUGGGAAAACACCAUCGAUGAUCGAGCAAAUCAUGCACCCCGGAGACAAAUCCCGUGCUGCUGCUUCUGCUGCGACUGUUGUGCAAAACGAAAAUCAGACAUUUCGCUCACCUCCACCUUCUGCCAUUCCUGUGGCGCAGGUGGCAGCGGGUACGGCGAUCCCGUUGCCUCCUCCUCCGUUGGAAGGGGCCGCAAGUGUGACUAAUCUAGGUCAACAUCCGGUCGUAUCUGAAGAAGACGACAAAUCCGACGCACCGACACCACCACCGCUGCCACCACCUGCACAACAGUUGGUCCCUCUAACCGUAGAGGCCCUUUCGUCGAGUAAGGCCGGAUAUAAUCCGUUGGCGAAAAAUGCUCAAGCUCAUAGUAGCGAUCAUCCUAGUCAAACUGAUCAUGCAGAUGCUGAUCAAGAUAGUGCGGAAAAUUGUGUCGAUGCAGUAACACCAGUGAAGCAGCAGCAAGAUUCGUUGAACGGCAGCAGCACUGUCGAUGGUCAAAGUACGUUGCUGAAAUACAUACAAGCGCACAGUGUCGUGGGAGAUUCAAGUGAAAAGCGUUAUCAAGGGAAAAUUCAAAACUCUGCUAAAGUAGCCACAGAGUCGACAGUGGCAGGCAGUGAUUCGAAACGGCACCAGACGGACCAUCCCAUUCCCGUUCGCUCCGAUGCUGCUAGUCCCGGCGAUGGCAAUGCCGACCGUGAAGCAAAAAUAGAACAGACUUGUGAAGAUCACGGUGGACAGAACUCUAGUGAUAGUUACGAACAAACCGUGCUGCGGGUAGCCCCAAAUUUACGUAAUACUGACCAUGAAACCUUACACCCCGGGACCGAAACUGGAAUGAACAAUGUAGCGCGAAAGAAGCGUCCUAGCAAAUUCGUUCAGCCAACCAUUUCCUCCAGUGCAGGGCAUGUUGCAAAUGUGACACAAAACCUUUCCACGGCACAAUCCAAGCAAGAAUCGGUAAUCGAGGAUUUACGUUCCGAAAUAAGUCGUAUGAAGGAUGAAGAAUUGCAGGACGAAUUUCGUAAGCUGGAACUAGAAACAGCCAGAUUCGAAAGGGAACUGCAACAAAUCACACUGCCCCCGCCCGAGUCCCAACUGACCAAUGGAAAAUAUUCCAACAAAUAUUUCGUUUCCAAACAAAACGAUUUUGUAAUCGAAAGAUCUAGCUUGUCGAGCGUUAAAACUUCGAAUAUGGUUGGUGUUACGCAUGGCGGUGUCAGUUCAGACAAUCGGAAACAAGGUGACAUUCUGACAAUGAGAGAUCAGCGUGAGCAAAACAGGUACGUUGGGACACAACAGGAGACAAAAAAUACUACAGAGCUAGGUCCUGUUCCUGCACCUCCUCCACCCCCUUCGGCAGCUCCGCCCGAUUCUUCCAUGGACAAUGAAGAAUUUUUUACCAAAAAAGUCAAAGAUCGUGUGCGUGAUCUAAUGGCAUCCCAGGCUGCGGCUGAGGAAGCAAAGAAUGCAGGAAAGAUGCGUGCUGGUGGUUUUGCUAGUGCCCCUUCAACACCGACUGCGAGCCGGAAGCAUAUAGAAGCGGACUUUAAAGAGUUUAGGGAAAUUCGUCAGCGUGAAGUGUUUGCCGAAAGGAAGUCGGUAGAAACUACCAACAGUGUACCAGCAAAGCAGCAGCAGCAGCAGCAGCAACAGUCUCGUGCUUUUACCACCGUGCGAAACUUUUCACCAUCACGAAUUCCUCUCGCAACGUCCAAAACUUCCUUCGUGGUGCAUGAAAAGGCAAACGAUGUGCAGAGCUCGACCAGUGCGACAAAGGAAACCAAUCCCGACACUAAGCCUCAGACAGAGGAAAGCAAUGCUGAAGAAAUUAAAGUUAAUGUAGCAGCACUAAUUGCUACUCACCAAGAAAAGCAACAACUCAGCACUUUACCGCCGAAUACACAAAUCUCGAACAAGGUUGCUCCCACCCAACAUGUGGAGCAGCACCUCGAAACGAAUCCUGCUGUACAGAAACGGGGUCCAGCAUCUGACGAACCGGUAGUUAGCGUCAGUGACAAGUGCCAACAAUUUGAACAGCGCAUUCGACAGAACUCACUGGACGCUGGUGUGUGUGAUGCGACGGCUCAGCGCAAGAUCGGUCACAGCGACCAACCGUUCCAGCAGCAGAAACCGGGUACGACACAUGGUAUAUAUGGCGAUGUUUGUUGUGAUGCUGUGGAUAAUGGUUCCUUGCCCGGGAUUGACUUGCUGCAUGAAAUCGAUCAUGCAUUAGUGCUUGCUAAAGAUUUCUUGUUUACACGCGGAGUAUGGUCACCCUUUAAUCGCUCCACAGAAGUCCUUACCAAAGAAGAACUUGCCGAGCGAACACAAAACAAAUCCAGCGCAUCACAACAACAGCAACCUGCCGUGUGGACACCGAGAAGCGCACCGCCAUCACCGCUAUCCGAACGUCGUGAAUUCCGUCGGAUUGGAUUCGAAACACCACCCCCAACACAAAGAACAACAACUCCAACGCCUGGAAACCCAGUUGCUGUUGUAACGCCUCCUUGGACUCAGCCAGGCUACAACCCACCUCUCACAGUUACGGAACAGCCGAAAUCGGUCCCAGUACAAAGUGGUAUCACUACACCUGGAGCGCCCGUUAGAUCGACACCGAUAGCAACGACGCCACCACCACCCCCACCUGGACAAGGGUAUCAAGUGCGCUUUCCACGAUCUACCAACUCACAAGAACCAACGAUAAAUUCUCUGCUUAAAUCUAAAGAUGGAAAGACAGCGACCAUAAAUGGUUCUGCAACGUCAGAGAGUCUGAAAAAGGGCUCGACAGUAACUGCCAGUACGAUACGCACUUCAUCGUCUUUGACCAAGCUCGAUAAUGUGGUCGACGCGAGCUAUGUCACCAGUCAAACUCCACCAAUAAGAUAUAAGCCAGAACAAUCAAGUGCUGCUUUACAUGCAAGAAGUGACUCACAGGAACGCAAAAUGCAACAGUCUGCACAGAAAGUCGAAGGAAUUGGGCCUAUUUCCCGAGAAGGAAUGCCACUCACGUUACGAUCUGAGAUUGACGAAGGAAACCGCGAUAAAUGGUACAAACAAAUGUACCAAACACUCCACAAAACACACGAUGAUGACGAUUACGUUACCGUUCGAUACAAAACUCGCAGAGGAUAUCCUUACAAAUCGACUGGGUAUCAGUCGGAGCCGGAAGCGAACUACGACUCAGACUACACCAUCAAGUACAGUACCCUUGAUCGAAGGCGCACUCCUAUUGGGUUGAGCCCUACCAGCUACAACAAAUUCAACACGCAGCAAAGCGCACCUACAACACCGCAAGCCUAUCAUCAACAAUUGAUCAAAUCGGGACAUUCAGCGUACAAAAAUCAACCGGGAAGAAUCGAAGAUUACACACCGGGACGAUCGUCGAUCUCGGAAAAAGAAUCUAAAGAGUGGUGGGAUGAAGUAAUGGACAUUUUUAACGGGCAACUGGAGCACCAGAAGCUUACCACUAGUAAAACGUACACCGAAGGAAAUUUGUCAAGAGCACUUAAGGAGCAGGGAUACGAAAGUGAUUCUACGCUAGUAUUUCGAAAACGAGAACCUCCAGUGAGUUCAGCACUAAGCCCGGUAGAGCAAAAGCAGCACUACAAAACGAUGCAAGCUGGGGGUGAAAUUCCACUGCAAGGUUUCCGCAAACCUGCCCCAGAACGGCCAAAAGAUCGUAACGAAGAAGUAAUCGAAUCGGACUUGGUGGUCGAAAUUAAGGAAAACAAUAGCGGUAGUAGCUCCAACAUCGCCUAUGCAGGACAUUCCUCCAUGUCCACUACUGGCGAUAGUAACACUAUCGCUUGCUAUCCAAUUACCAACAUUCAUCGCCCGCUCGACAUGUUCGGAUCGUUUCCCAAGGAGUCGCGCACGUUCGUACCGCCGGUUCCGCCGAGUCGAAAAUCUUCGCGAAGCAACUCAACGCUGAAGAUUAUGUCCCAGGUGAAAACGAACACGUUCAAUAGACGCACGAUGUUAGAGCGUACGACAACAACGACAGCAUCGGCGAGCAAUCCUCACACAUCAAAGUUCCGAUCGAAAUCGGCUGGACCACUGCUGUUCGGAGGAGGCGCCACCUCAAGCUCCUCGAUCAUGACCAUGUCCGCGUCAAUGAUGAAAGAGGAGAAAAACCAAGAAAACAAUACUCGUCUCGCUUCUAAACGUUCCACCGUUGCGUCUUAUCGUGGAAGCUCGAGCAGUCCCACCGGACAGGUGCGUAAACCAAGCCAAAGUCCGGUGGCGUUUGGUCGCGGCAUCUCGAAGGAACGUACAUUCGCUGAAGAAAAGAAACGCAUCGAAGAAAAGCUUCCCAAGAUUGUGUCCGUCUCAACGAGCAUCUUACGCAAUCCGGAGCUAAAGUCUCCGAAUGAAGUGAAAAAGGCGCUCCGGAGUUCAUAUCUUCCAAUCGUCGGACGGGUGGAAACCACGGAAGGAUCAUCAUUGAAGCGCUUUUCUUCUGGUGGAACGUACCGAAGUGCGUCCAGCAUUUACUCGUCCGAUAAGAGCCUGAACAGAGUAUUAUCUCCUGCAUCGAAUCAUAAGAAGGAUGAAAAAUCCUUCAAGAUAUCUAUCGCAUCAACUGCAUCAUCUUCUAAAGGAAAGGACACACCGCAGCAACUGCAAAAAAGAUCUCUCAAUCGGAAAUCAAACUCCGGCGGCCGUGCUCCAACCAUAACCAUUAAAACCAGUUUCCAAAAGGCGUCAAAGGCAUUCGGACUCAAAACCACCACCUCAGCUUCCAAUCAAAGUCUCGCACGGUCCUGUUCGACUUAUUCAAUCGAUUCCACCGCGUCCAAGUCACGUAGAUCCCGCAUUUCCUACGCUCCAUCGGCGUUCAGCACACUUGCGACGCCCAGAAAUUAUCGCCCGGCACCUAAGAGGAUCCUGGUUGGAAGUAGCUUCGAUCGGGGAGUUAAAACUCUGAGAACUAAAUCACCUACAGUGGCACAGCAGAGCGCAUACAGUCAGAGUAUUGUUCAGCAGAAAGAAAAUCUGCGAUCCGAUGCCUUUUUCCAGAAGCUUUUCCUUCGAAGAUCACCACCUAAUCUCGACACCGACGAAAAGCCGACAAGCGUACUGGAGAAGGCACACCAGUGGAAUAAGCUUACGUGCCGAUCAGAACCUUCACUUAAGCAAUCUAAUUAUUAUUUGUCGCAAGCAAAACCCGUCUCGUCUUCCAAAUUCAAAACCAACGAUCGACAUGAUGAUACGAAGAUAUCGACAGAAUAUCAAACCAUCCGUCAGGUAGGUCCAGACGUGAUCGAACAAGUGCAUCGGUUCGAAUCGAUGAUGAAGCUGACGGAAAACCAACCGGAAGAUCAAAACCAAUUUGGUUAUGUGCGAGGACGAAGGAUGGAAAUAGAUUACAGUUUCCACGAGCGUAGUCGGAGUGAGCCACCAGCACAAACGACAACCACUACCACUACGACCAGUACAACUAUCCAGGAAGAACUGAUCGGUACCGAUUCUCCCAGAACGAUUGUUGGUCGUCGAUGCCACAUCGCUCAACGCACAUCACGAUCACCUUCCUGUCGCCGUAUCCAGUAUCUCAAAGGCAAAGAAGGUCAGGUGAAGAAAAUCAUACGAGCACGCAGCCUAAGUGGCAAUACUGGACAGCGCGAACGGGUCACAAAAUCGAAGGAUGAGCUAGUGCGUAGUCAUUCGCUAAAUCUUAGCCAAGAGCCGUUAGUAUCGCGAAGUCGUUUUCGUGAUCUUAACAAUUUCUACAACAGUUUGGAACGUCUCGGGCAGCUAGAGCGCGUGACUUCAUCUUCAUCUAACGAUUUACGACCCACUCGACGUACGCGCGAAGAGGAAAUAAUCGAUUACGACCUCUGGAAACGGGUGCGCGAUCAAGAGAAAGCAGAGCGUGAGCUGAACCAACUAAAAAGCAAGUUAAAGCAAGAUCAACGCGAGAAGGAUCUGUUCUUCUUGCCACGCGAUCCGGAAGAUGUGCGCUGGCGAAGCGAUCUAGACACCGGACUGCGCAAUCGUGAAAAAUCGGUUGAGGAUUUGAAGUGCAUCCUUAACGAACAAGCCCUAAACUUUGAGGAUGCAAAACUGCGCGAUCUUCAAAACCGAAAGGAUUACUACAAGCCUCUAUGGCGUGGAUCAUCCGUAAUUGACGUAGCGUCCCAUCUGGAGGAAAAGUAUUCUACUUCAGGGGAAAAAAGAGACGAACCUCAGUCGCUUGACAUUAUUAGCAGCAAUUUGCUCAGUACGCUGUCAUUCGAGCAGAUGAAGAAGCUGAAGAACCAGUUAAGUGAAAUUUACAGUACCGGUACGCAGAGGGAUCCGACUUCGCUCAACAGAGCCACCACACAUGUACACCAGCAGGAAGAAUACGUUAUAAAUGUGCCUGAAAGGGCUAGUAGGCUCGAGACGUUGCUUAAGGUGCGUAGCCAUUCGGUGCUUACACAGGACAAGAUCAAUGAAAGUAAUCUUCGGACACAAUUGACCACCUUCGUGAAGAAAACGGGCGACAAAAGCGACACACUGUUGCCGAAAAAGUUUGAGAGCAAUUCUCUGCCUUCUAAGGCCGUUGACCGUGAAGCUCUCUCGCGAUCACUUUGCCAAGAGUUGAAGGAUAAGAUCAUGGAAAAGCAUCACACACUACCAUCGGUCGGCAAAAAGAAGAAACAUUCCCGUCCCACAAUUCUGAACACGGAAACAUCACAUUUUCUGUCGCUGGAUAGUAAUCUGAAACAAGCUGCCGAAAGCAAACCUGCCCAGUCGUCCCGAAACGUAACACGCAAAGAAAAUGAGAAGGAGUUCGAGGUGAUCGUGCGUAAGGAACCUUCAAAGUCUUACUGCGAUACGGAAAGUAUUUCUUCCGAAACUUCCAACAGAACUGUAAUUUUCCGCAGUCAAUCAAUGACCCAAGCAAUGGACGUACCUCCAGUAGAAGGCAUCAAAACAAAGAUUAAAUAUUUUGAGCAAAAGCAAGCGAUUGAUGAAACACCAACGGUUACAAUUUAUCAUGCUCGUGAAGAUUCGUCACUCUCCGAGAAUGAGUCUGGGCCGCAGCGAGAUGAAGAAAAUAGCAAGACAAUCACUUCGAAAGGAGCAUGCAGUUCCAUGAUAACCCUUUCUCAAUCGUUCACCGAUCUGAAGGAUCUGUUUGGUGAGAAACGAUCCUUGUCGUGUUCCGCAUACACUGCCAGCACUUCUCACGAUGCGAAGCGAAAUUCAGCUCGAAAGCUGUCCCCCAAACGGUUCACUCUACGUUCACGCAGCACCACCCCGGACUAUGCCACCUGCAUACAGAUGGGUGAGGUGAAAAAGAUUAAGGACAAGUUCGAAAGCUUGGACGUGAACAUUUGGCGCCAAUCGACAGCCACCACAGCCAGCCCGGAACGUCAAUAUCAGAGUGAUUCGGAGCUGAGUCGUCAUCCGUCCGGAGAGGAUGAGAAGAAAGCGAAUGACAGUACGACAAAACGACAGAGCAAACCUGUGACAGGAUCCACGAUCGUACGUCAUCACGAAUCCGGAGAUGUAUCACGCAUCACGCACAAAUAUGAAGUACAAUCGGAACGUGCACGAGCCAGAAAAUCUCGCAAGGAGCGCGUCAUAUCGCCCAUACCUAAGAAUCCCUUUCGAAAGGACGAUCGAUUUAUGCCGCACAUAAACGUCAUAAGCAAGACAGCUUCGCUUAAGCGAGAAAUGAAACCAACACGAACUUCCCAUCAAACGGCAUCUUCAAAACAACCGGCCGUUGUGCUGCAGUCCGCCCAGUUGCCAAACGUACCCACCGCUGGCAGCACUCGACGUAGUGCAUCUUCCGGUAGCGAAGAGUUCGAAAAGCUCAAAAGUAAGUUUGAAUCGGGUGAACAGCUUUCACUGCUCGGCAAGAUGUAUACCUCCGUGCCAGACAUUCGUGAGUUGAAGGACAUUUCGGACUAUUUGUCCGGUGCCUGGAUUGCGCACCAGUUUCCCCGACCGACCGACAAUGCACGCUCGCUUGCUGCACCGGAUCAAUCGCCCCCGGGGCGACAGAUUGUUCGCAAGGGAUCGGCUCCCAGUCCGGAUCGGUUCCAUCGUGACCAUUCUUUACGCUUCCACUCGCAUCAGCCUGAGACGCUUCGUACGCACUCCUCACCAUCACCGCGACAGUCCACCACCAACAGCAAGACGCAACACAAACGAAUCGGUAGCGAUGGUGCCGAAGGUUUUCUAAAGCAAUUUUACAAUCCCAACGGUGGCGAUCAGAAGGAUAGCUGGGAAAAAUCGAGAUCGAGGCGCCGUCUUGAAGUCGAAGCGCUCUGGAAAAAGAUACAGGCAAUGACGGGCAAUACAACGAUCGCAGGGACGGACGUACAAAUCGACAAACCAUCCGUUACAUUCGAAGAGUCUCCACGUCGCUACAUUGAGAGCGAUGUCAACAUCCACUACAAAACGCCGAUCCGGUUCGAAUACAAGGACCCCAUACCGGACGACGAGUUGGCCCACCGGCAGGCCGAGCAUAUGCGGCGCGUGUACCAGGAAGAACGUCGCCGGAAGUAUAUGCACGAGCUGGAAGAUCUUCACUCCCGGCGCCACAUGGACAACAUUUUGCCUUCCCAGAAAUCUCCCAUCCCGCUGAACCGUUACGAUGAUUUUGCGGCCGACUUGUCGCCAAAGCCACAAAUCGUCCAGCAGCCCAAAACUAUUGCGCGAGCGUUGUACAACUUUCAGGGCCAAAGUAUACGUGAACUAUCUUUCCGGAAAGGCGACAUCAUCUACUUGAGACGUCAAAUCGACAAGAAUUGGUACGAAGGAGAGCAUAAUGCCACAGUUGGUCUGCUGCCAGCAAAUUACAUUGAGAUUAUCUCCAGAGAAAACUUCAACGUUAGACCCUUACCGAAGAAGCCUUCGCGGGAAGGCAAGGCCCGGGCAAAGUUUAACUUCACAGCUCAAACUGCCGUCGAGCUGUCGCUGCUGAAGGGUGAGCUGGUUACGCUUACAAGACGAGUGGACGAUAAUUGGUUCGAAGGUAAAAUUGGCAGCAAGAAGGGAAUCUUUCCUGUAUCGUAUGUAGAGAUACUGACCGACAUUGAUGGCGAGGAGAGCUACGACAUCGAACCGAUUGUUAGCCGUCCCCAGUCCGCUCUUGGCGUUACAAGUCAAUCAUCACACGCACUCACUACGCACUACGACAAUUCGCACACAAACGGCCGUGUUUCGCCUGGCAUCGUGCGAGAAACGAAGACGAUACAGAAAACGGAAGUCCUGCACGUGGACACUUCCAACGAACCUAUAUCCUAUCGAGCGCUGUACAACUACAAACCACAAAACACCGAUGAGUUGGAGCUACUCGAAGGGGAUGUCGUUUAUGUGUUGGAGAAAUGUGACGACGGUUGGUACGUGGGUACGUCCGCCCGCACGGGAUGCUUUGGAACGUUCCCCGGCAAUUACGUGUCGAAAAUGUGAGCUCACCGG